AUGCAUGACGGGGAGGAGGACGACUGGGGCGGAGGCGCCAGGCCGGCCGCUCCGCACGUGUCGCGGGCUCCGGACGAGCAGCGGGCCGUCGGCGGCCAGUUCCGGACGGCAGGGCCUGCGGUGGCGAAAGUGGUUGCUGGUGCGGAGAAGCGCUUUGCCGAAGAGACGCCGCGCGCGGGCAAGGCCGGCGAGGACGCGCUGCCGGCGGGGAAGGGCGGCGCUGGGCGCGUGGGGCCGCGCGCCACGGCGCCGCCGGCGGAGCACCUGCUGGGAGGCAAACGGGGGCACCUCCCGCCGGCGGCCGGGGGCGUGAGCGGGAAGAAGAAGGCGCCGCGGAUAGCGGAGAAGGCGAAGCAGCAGAAGGGUGGCGGGCAGGAGCGCGGCCGGAAGCACGGACCAGUGCCGCGCAAAGUGCCGCACUAG